AUGUAUUUAGUUACAAGAAAAAAUUCAACGGUAUUAUCAACAUCAUUACCUAUUUUUUCAACUGAAUUUGAACAAGAUGAUCAACAAAAACAAAAUUAUGAUGAAGACCAAAGAGACGAGAGUCCAUCAACAAAACCAAUAACACCAAACAUAGUUCUACCACCUAUCCAAACAGCAACUAGCAGAAAAUCAAAAACUAUGCCAUCUGCUUCUGUUUGCGUUCGUCAACCAACUUUCCAUUCACCUAUACCAUCUUCUGAAUUAUCAUUAGAAUCAGCAUCGCCAAUAAUAAAAGCACCAACACCAAUUAUAUUACCAAAACAUCGAUUACAACAUAGUGGUCCGGUUGAUCAAGAUAUUUUUCGAAAAGCUUAUGAACGAGCAUUAUCAGUUGCACGUAGUCGUCUUCUAUUUCGUGAUCCAUAUUCAUUAACACGAGCAAAUGCUACACAUGGUGUUCUCUAUUCAUAUUAUGAUCAUACGCCAAUGUGUAUAUUUUCUCGUGGAGUUGCUUGUAAUCAUCAUCAAGAUACAACAUCUAAACAAGACCAAAAAUUAAAAACAAAUAUAAUACGAAAAAAAAUUUUUAAUGAUGUUGUUGUAGAACAUUAUAUUCGAUAA